AUGACGUCACGUAGUUAUACAAAAUCAUUCAGUCGUAAGGUGAAUAGUGUUACACCUGGUAGCAUUCAAUUUGACAAGCUAUUUCGGGAAAGUAGUAACCGCCCAUCAGCUGCUAAAUCGGCUGGUACUGUUGGCAAAUGGGGUAUAACAUCAUUUACAUCAAUACGAAGCACCAAUAUCAAUGGACGUAAGAAUGAAAUCCACAAGACUUUUGGUACAAAAAGAAUGAAACUAGAUUACGGUAAUCAAAAUGCUCAAGUAAACACUCCAAAUCAGGAUCCGUUUUCAUUUGACACUGACAUUGAUCCGAAGACUGAUUCACCAGUGACAGCAUCAGUACCAACAGUGCCAGUAGUUAAGCCGAAGAAAUUUUUCAAAAGUCGCAAUGCCCCGACAGUGGACCCAACAAAGCUCGAUUACAAUCGGCAGUUACCAGUACCUGAUCAUCCCCAAUCUGCGCAGCAACCUGCUCGUCCAAGGGCCCAAAAGCAACCAGCACCUGCUAAACUUGUAUCAAAACCGUACACACCAGUGCGUAAAAUAAGCGAGUCUAUGGACAGCAGCUCAAGUGAUACGUCGACUCGCGAAGACGGAAAACCUCCAAUAGUAUUGAGAAUUUGUAAGGGCACUGCUCGGCUAGUGUCUGGCGACAGCAAAGAAGUUACCGAGUCUGAACCCGAUACGUAUAGAAUAACACCGACAAGCCCGUCAAAGGACUCGGUUAAAAGUAGCCCCGAAAUUCCUGCUAAGGAUCUGAAAAGUUUAUCUAAAUUACAAACUACUCAACCUACAGUCACAACAGUAUCUAUUCCUCUGGACGAAGAUGUGCCAACUCGACGCACAACUCGUAGUCGUGCGAAAAAUCUUAACUUGGAUCUCACACCAACACUUUCUACAUCAGUAUCCUUGCCCGGAUCUUCACCCGCGUCGGCUCAAAAUUCAUCAUCUUCAUCUGGACUAUCAUUAACUCUACGUAAAUCGAUAACCGAUUCAAACAACACUCUUAUAUCCCACUAUGACAUUGUAAAGACUGACUGUCCAAGCUAUCAAACAAAAACACCUGUAGUGGAGCCGUUAAUUGGUCGGAAUCAGCCACUGCCAACAACAACUCAAGAGCUUAUUGAUAUUCUCUCCAGCGAAGCUGCUGGAGAUUCAUCAGUGAGACCAAUCCCAGCACCUGAACCAGACCCCGAGGUAUCUGAUCCUCAGGAAGAAAGUGUCGGUGAAGAGCAGUCUUCAAUAGACUUACCGACAACUCUACCUGCAGAGUUUCAAUCAGAAUAUCAUCAGCUUGAGCCAGAGCCUGUAACUGGAUUUGCAUCAACUGAUUACUCUCAUAGCACUCACGAGGAGCUAACUUAUCCGGUAUACAACUACCCAACAGAGUCUACCGAGGCAAAACCCGACAAUGAGUAUAAUGAAGAACGACCAGCGGCAAAAACUCUUGUUGACCAGGACUGGUUUUCUGGUAGUGAAGACAGCGAGACUGCCAGUGGUAACACUGAGAUGGAAAUUCAAACAAAUGAACCGAGUUCUGUGUCAGUUGAACAACAACCAGCAGCUACUAAACCAGCUAUAAAGAAGGGAAGUAUUUUUAAGAGCCGUUCAGCUGGUGCAACAAACGGGAAUAAACGACGUGCACUUUACAAACACAAAUGGUGUGACAAUGAUAAGGAAUCAAAUACUCCGGAAAGUACUGUGGCAAGUAUUUCACCGCCAAGCGCUGCAUCUGGAUCAACUAGCGGUGGGCCUAAUGUAACAUUUGAUGAAAUCGAAGACGAGACACUGACUCGCGUUGUGACUUAUCCUGAGUACGAUACGGAAUUCGGUGACGACGCGGAAGCAAUAACGAGUAUCAGAUGUGGAAAAAAGGUAAAGGGAUUUUACACGGUGGUUAAGAAUGUUAAAAAAGCUCACCAGAUACAAGAAAGCGGAGAGUUUCAGGAGUUUAAUGACGAUGUUGAGUACAUUUUAGAUACACUGCGGGAAAACAAUCCAAACGCAACUAGAUGUCUGAGUGCAAUUCGGCUUGCCAGUAAAUGUAUGGCUCCGGCUUUUCGCAUGCACGUAAGAGCACACGGUACCGUUGCUAAAUUUUUCAAGGCUCUGCAUGACGCGACCAAAGAUCAGAGUCUUGGAUUGUGUACGGCUACGGUGAUGUUUGUGUUGAGCCAGGACCGUCUAGCUAUGGACCUAGAUAGGGACUGUCUCGAGCUGAUGCUGAGCUUACUGGAAUCAGACGCGAGCCACAAAGACGCUCUUGAUGACUGUGGACUCAGUCGCACUGAGCUACAGAAAAAUAAAGAAAAAGUCCGACAACUUUGUGCUGACAUACAGGCUCAAGGCCACGCUAAGCAUCUUAAUUUAGAUAAUAUCACCGUUGGUCAGCUUGCUAUGGAGACACUCUUGAGUUUGACAUCCAAGCGAGCCGGUGAAUGGUUCAAAGAAGAACUCAGAGAACUUGGAGGGCUUGAACAUAUUGUUAAGACUAUCACUGAUUGCUAUCGGUUUAUCAAGGCCAGCAAUGUCACGCGAACUGGUUGGUCAGAACCGCUCCUUGAUAAACUCAGAAAAGUCGAUAGGUGUUUGAGGGUACUGGAAAAUGUUACUCACAUGAAUGAAGAGAACCAAGUUUACUUGCUUAAUUAUGAAAUGGGUAUUUUAGUUAGCACUAUGGUCAGCUUGUAUCAUCUUUGCGGAAUGGAAAUUGUUAUUUAUCCUACUAUUGAUGUUAGUGAUAAAACUUCGACUGGUGCUGUUAUACGUGAAUGUAUUUUUGCUAUUUUGAAGGUUCUUAUUAAUCUCACUCAUCGAUUCAAUCGACAAUCUUUUGGCAGCAAAUCAGUUGGAUCGCAGAGUAAUGUAUUAGACUGCAGCUUGAAUCUCUUAUUACGAGUACCGGAUUCAUUACCGGAAGAAAAACGAUUUGAUAUGAUGAUAUUGACACUGAUACUGUUGAUUAAUUUAAUCGAACAGUGUGAUGAUAAUAAAGAAUUACUCAUUAAAUCUCAAGCACCGCUGUCUCCUGAAAAUUUGUUUGAUCAUCAAGAAGGUGGCGUUGAUGCGCUUAUUGAUUUAUUCUAUAAACAAGAAGAAAUGGCACGUGGCGAGGAACAAAAAACUGAUGAUAUUCUCGAUGGUAAAAAAGAUACUGAACAACCAGAAGCUGUUUCAACUCCUGCUAAGACACAAGAAGAAUUCAUUGCUGAGACUGUAGCUAAACUUUUGCAGAAAGCUAGUCGUCACAUGGAACACACAAUGAUAGGUGCACACGUAGUACUUUUACUUGGCAAUUUAAUUAUGGAUAAUAUAGAAUAUGAAACACUUGUACGUGAUAAACUUCCCGAUCACAAUUUCUCAUUAAUGAUAUCUAUACUGCAAAAGUUCUAUAAUUUUAUGAAUUUGACGACAUCGAGUGAAGCCAGCAAUUUUGGUAUUCACGCAACCGAUAAAGUUCUUAAAUUUUUAAAAUUAUCCGACGCUCGAGUUGAAGAGGAUAAAAAUGCUCUACCAUUACCAGCACUCGAAGAAUCAAGUAUUAUGUUGGAUUUGUCUUCAUCUUGA